AUUAGGGAGCAAGUUAGAUGUCCACCCAGUAAAAGCCAGCGAAAGAAAGAAAGAGUAGGCAGGCUGCCCGAGAGGGACCGCGCUCGCCUAUUGUUAACAUAUACUUGACCCCCACUAACCCCCUCACGACACAGAUGUCUCCUACCUCUAUCACCUCCCACUGCUUUAAGCCCUCCCCCCCUGCACCUGGGUAGCGAGGCCGGGCCGGCUGCUGGCAGUAUGCUGCCUGCCGCGCGCGCUGCCUGCUAGCGGGGGAGCCGGGCGCAGCGGCGCGGCCUCGUUCGGCUCGGCUCGGCUCGGCUCGGUACAGCACCGGCGCGGCACGGCUUCGCCGGGGGCAGAGCUAUGCGCUGGAUGCCCGGAGACACGCAGAGACCCCGCCACUGACAGCGGCCGCUCCCUGCGCUCCACAGCACGGUUGUCUUGCGGCGGCAGCAACACGGAGAAGGACCUGGGCAUUAACUAUCUCGACUUGGAGACUUUGCUUUAUUUUUGGUUCUUGUCCUUUCCCCUGGAACCAGUAGUCUCUCUUGAGCUGAUCCUCCUUUAAAAAAAAAAAAAAAAAAAAAAAAAAAGCGAGAGAGAGAGAGAGGAGGAGGGGGAAGAGCAGCUGGAGUUUCUCCUCAGCUCGUUUUGACUUUUGUGGACGUGGAUCAUCUGGACUGGGAAGGGAAGCCGCGCUGCGCUGCUCUCCCCCUUCCCACCCCCUCGCCCCUCCAGCAGCCUGGGCUGCCGGCUCUCCCCCGAGCAGGACGGGAACUUUUAUUUGCAGCUCGCAGCCCGUGGCGAAUGGUGGGAAUCUCCGGUCCAUUGCAGUAAAAGAUUGAUCUCUGGGCUGGUGAACAUACUAUCUGUCCCAGUCAGAAAAGGGAAGAGGAAAUUAGCAGAGCGGUUGGUGGAGAAUGAUAUCUGUCAAAAGAAACACUUGGAGAGCACUGAGUUUAGUGAUAGGUGACUGCCGGAAAAAAGGGAACUUUGAAUUUUGUCAAGAUCGCACUGAGAAGCAUUCCACAAUGCCAGACUCACCUGUGGAUGUGAAGACACAAUCCAGGCUGACGCCUCCAACCAUGCCACCUCCUCCCACUACCCAAGGAGCUCCAAGAACCAGUUCAUUCACGCCCACAACGUUAACCAAUGGCACUAGCCAUUCACCAACAGCGUUAAACGGAGCUCCAUCUCCUCCUAAUGGCUUUAGCAAUGGGCCAUCCUCCUCCUCUUCCUCUUCUCUGGCUAACCAGCAGUUACCGCCAGCUUGUGGAGCUAGGCAACUCAGCAAACUGAAGAGAUUUCUUACAACCUUACAGCAGUUUGGCAAUGACAUUUCGCCAGAGAUUGGGGAGAGAGUGCGUACCCUUGUGCUAGGACUUGUGAAUUCUACUUUGACAAUUGAAGAAUUUCAUUCCAAACUGCAAGAAGCUACUAACUUCCCACUGCGACCUUUUGUCAUCCCAUUUUUAAAGGCCAAUCUGCCCCUGCUGCAGCGGGAGCUGCUGCACUGUGCAAGGCUAGCCAAGCAGAACCCAGCCCAGUACCUCGCCCAGCACGAACAGCUGCUUCUGGAUGCCAGCACCACCUCACCUGUUGACUCCUCAGAGCUGCUUCUCGAUGUGAACGAAAACGGGAAGAGGCGAACUCCAGACAGAACCAAAGAAAAUGGCUUUGACAGAGAGCCUUUGCACUCAGAGCAUCCAAGCAAGCGGCCCUGCACUAUUAGCCCAGGCCAGCGGUACAGUCCAAAUAAUGGCUUAUCUUAUCAGCCCAAUGGUCUGCCUCAUCCCACCCCACCUCCACCUCAGCAUUAUCGUUUGGAUGAUAUGGCCAUUGCCCACCACUACAGGGACUCAUACAGACACCCCAAUCACAGGGACCUCAGGGACAGAAACAGACCUAUGGGGUUGCAUGGCACACGUCAAGAAGAAAUGAUUGAUCACAGGCUAACAGACAGAGAAUGGGCAGAAGAGUGGAAACACCUUGACCACCUGUUAAACUGCAUAAUGGACAUGGUGGAAAAAACGAGGCGGUCUCUCACUGUCCUACGGCGAUGUCAAGAAGCAGACCGAGAGGAGCUCAAUUACUGGAUACGGCGGUACAGUGAUGCAGAGGAUUUAAAAAAAGGUGGUAACAGCAGCAGUAGUCAUUCCAGACAGCAGAGCCCAGUGAAUCCAGAUCCAGUUACAUUAGAAUCGCAUCGGGAAUUCCUUCACAGGCCUGCGUCUGGAUACGUGCCAGAGGAGAUCUGGAAGAAAGCUGAGGAAGCUGUCAACGAAGUCAAGCGGCAGGCGAUGGCGGAGCUGCAGAAGGCGGUGUCGGAGGCGGAGCGCAAGGCGCACGACAUGAUCACUUCGGAGAGAGCCAAGAUGGAGCGCACGGUGGCCGAGGCCAAGCGCCAGGCCGCGGAGGACGCCCUGGCUGUUAUCAAUCAGCAGGAGGAUUCGAGCGAGAGUUGCUGGAACUGUGGCCGGAAAGCUAGUGAAACCUGCAGUGGUUGCAACACAGCGCGAUACUGUGGCUCAUUUUGCCAGCAUAAGGACUGGGAGAAGCACCAUCACAUCUGUGGACAAACUCUCCAAGCCCAGCAGCAAGGAGAGACACCAGCAGUGAGCUCCUCCGUGACUCCCAGCAGCGGGGCCGGGAGCCCUAUCGAUACUCCACCAGCAGCCACUCCUAGGUCCACCACCCCGGGAACCCCGUCCACCAUAGAGGCGACUCCUCGCUAAGACUGAACUCAAAACUCUGAGAACCAACAACAAAAAAUACACAACACAAAAACGAAACCAAUUCCUCAUCCUCAGAUGCUCAAAGAUUUUAACUGAACUGUCACAUUUCAAUACUUCAAUAAGAAAGAACUUACUGUAUCUUGAGGUGGUAGAAAACACAGAAGGCCAGUAACGGGUCAUAAUGACUUAUUGUGGAUAACAAAGAUAUCUUUUCUUUAGAAAACUGAAAAGAGAGCAGAGAAUAUACACAAAAUGAUAGAUUUGACCUCCUCCCUGUUAUUUUCCAGUAGCUGGGAUUUUAAACUAGAUGACCUCAUUAACAGAUGCUUUACCAAACAGCAAACCAAGAGAUUGCUAAUUGCUGUUGAAAGCAAAAAGGCUAAUAUCAAAAGUCACAACCUUCUUUAUAACAAUAAUGGGAAUUAAAAGAAAA